AUGAACGCUGCGCACAUCUUUCGCCAAGGGCUCGGUACUGUACCGCCUCGAGCCAAUCCUGGCUUCAACCCACUCAUGGGACAGUCGGCAGAAGUCGACGAGCUCUCAGACGCCGAGGGAUCCGAACAUCGCGUAGCCCAUACCUUGACCGCAUGCUGCCGCUGCCGACAACGCAAAACACGUUGUGAUCCCACUCUUCCCCGCUGUCUUCCAUGUGAACGAUCCGGCUCUGUAUGCGAGUAUCUGGACGCCGCCAAAGGUCGGAAGAUAAAUCGUUACUAUGUCAUCAAGCUACAGGAUAAAGUCCGCGCGCUAGAGGCAGAGCUCGACCAAUACACCGACGAAGCGGCCGAUUAUCCCAAGAGCAGUGAAGACAUUGUUCGUCCGGGUGGCAUGAUUCGCCUAAGCAACAAUGAUGAAAUACCUCGCUAUCUCGGACCCAGCAGUGGCAUUGCGUUGACUCGCCUCCUGAUGGAAGAAGCCAAGCGCUUCACCGACUCCAAGAGCAUUGGCGAAUUGAUUCCCGAAGUCCGCGCCAGGCGGCAAGCGCGCAUGCAGUCUAUUCAGAUGUCUGGAACUGGGACCCUCACUGGCCAUAAGAAGAGCUACCCGAUGGUGUCCGAGGUUCCUGCUGAGGGUCUGCCUAAACGAGUCGUUGCUGACAAGCUCAUUGAUGCUUUUUACCAGAAAACACAAUUAUCUUGGCCAGUGCUGCACGAGAAGGAUUUUCAGCAAGAUGUUGAUGCCGUAUACAGCGGAGACAAGGACCCGUACCGCAACUUCAUCGUUCGCAUGGUUUUUGGCGUCUCUCUCCAACAGAUGGAGCAGUAUGCAGGUCUCGCGGACAGUUACUACAUGGCAGCUAUGCAAUAUUUCAAGGACGUUGUGCGCCCGAAGGAUUUGAAAACACUUCAGUGCCUCGUUUUGCUCGCCACAUACUCUCUGCACACUCCGGCGCGGAAUCCAGUCUAUGCCGUCAUGGGUCUCGCUGUACGCAUCUGCCAACAGGAGGGCCUUGCCGAGGAGAAAACAAUCACAGCUGGCUACAACUUGGAUGCCAAAACGAUUGACAUGAGACGACGGCUUGUCUGGAUUGUGGCUACAUUCGAGUUCGCUCUUUCGCAUUACAUGGGCCGCCCAUCAUCUUUCGCCAAGGGUGGCGACCGCCUGGACGUGGAUUGGUUUGCCACAGUCAAGGACGAGAACAUUACCGCAAAUGGUAUCACAGCCGGACCUGACGACUACAGAAAAACGAACACGAUACACAUGUAUAGACUGCGCGCCAUUGAAUGCGAAGUCAGAAGGACUUUGUAUGAAAGAAAGCGCCCGGAGCCAGUCAAUGAUGCGCAUCCAUGGUAUCAAAGUAUAGACAAACGCCUUGAUGAAUGGGUCAAGUCAAGGCCGGACGAGAUUGCCUGGACCAAAGCUUGGUACUUUGCAUCCUAUCAUCAGUCCCGCUUGUUUUUGUAUCGGCCUUCUCCUCAGGUACCCAAGCCAUCUGCUGGCGCCGCUCAAAUCUGUUUCGACAGCGCCGCGUUUGUCCUGUCCUUAUACAAGAAGCAAAUCGACACGUCAGCAGCGGACGUGACUUGGAUGUUCCUGCUCAAUCUCUCUACGGCUCUCAACACACUAUUGUGGUCUAUUUCUUAUCCCGAUGUCCGACAAGCGCAUGGCAGAGAAGAGGCCGACAAACUGAUCAAUUCUGGGCUGGACUCGCUGGACAGCUGCUCAGCGCGCUGGCCGGGUGCGGCAGCCACAGCGCAGCUGUACACCAUUUUGUCAAAAGCCUGCUUGCAAAGCUACGAGGAUGGACAGUUCAAUCCUUUGUUUUCCUUUGCAAGCCCUUCCAAUGGCACGGACAUGGCAUCUCCGCCCAUGGCAAGUCAAGGGGCCGAUGGCCAAUCGCAGCUCCAGUUCCUCAACCCUCAAUUCGGUUGGGCGUUUGACUCACCCCCUGAAUCCAUGAAUGCCUACACGUUUGAUCCCAACUUCCCCCCUCCCCAGCCGGCUUUCCGAUCCAACUCCAUCUUUUGCAACCCGGCAACCGACUCCAGCGGGCGUCGAUUCUCCUACUUUCCACCUGACAUCAGCCAGCCAGGCGAGGGCCUCACGGAGCAACCCGCAACCUUUAUCCCCCAGCAGCAGCAGCAACAUCAUCCGCAACAUCACCAGCACCAACAACAGCAAGUUCAGCCGCAGCAGCAACACCAACACCAACAUCAACAACAGCAGCACCAACAGCAAUCUCAACGACAGCAUCAGCAGCCGCCAUCGCAACAUCAUACCCCCAGCCAUUCUGAUCAAAUGAGCAACCACAUGCCGACACCUCCUGAGUCGCUCGCUCCUCCGACCAGCCUAUCUGCUACCACACCCAACUCUGCCUUUACACCGCCCGGGAUGAACUUGACCACUCCCAACAUGGCGCAAGCCUCGCUGACGCCCAUGGCCAUGGUGACGGGCGGCGGCACGCCACACAUGACACCGCCGCCAAAGAACAUGGGCCACGGCAACCCGGCCGCCAUGCCACGCGCCGGCCCGGGCUUGACGGAGCAGAAGCCCCUGCCCACCACAACUAUGCCGGGCGGCGGCGACUGGUACGCGCCGAUGCCGCAGUUUGUCUCACCAUACACCAUUGGUCAGAUGAGCAGCAGCUUUCUCGACGAAGCCCUCAGUGUCGACUCAAACGUCGUCGCAUUUAGCCCUACUGGGCAGCAAAACGCCGUUGCCAUGGCUGGCAUGCCCACCAUGGCGUCUCCUAUCGACAACCUCUCGCCCUACGGCUACAUGCCCGGGCGCCAGGGUAGCCUGUCCCAGUCGCAGCAGAUGGAGCUCAUGAACGUCUUCGAAAGGGAGGGUGUGAGCGAGCUCGACGCCAUGCUCAACUCGGCCAAUAAUAUUUCCGUCGAUACUAGCUGGUACUAG